AUGAAAGAGAAUAUGUUAUUAUUUAUUUUAUUAUUGUCUUCAUCAUAUUCUUUAGUUUAUUCAUUAAAAUGUUAUACAAGUUUAGUUCCAACUAUUCUAAAUUAUAGUGUAACAAGUGAUACUAUACCAUCAUUUGAUAAUAAUAAGUUAAUUGAUGUAUCUGGUGAAUGUACAUUGACAAUAAUAUGGUUAAGAAAUCCUUCAAAUACUGAGAUUAUUUUUGGUUAUAAUUCUAUAACAAAUAAAAAUAAUUUCUUAAUUGAUUCAUUAUUAGCAAAUGUUCAAUAUCAAUUAGAAGGUGAUGAAUUAACAAAACGAUUAUCUCGUGAUAUUCAAUAUAAAUGUCAAUCCUCAGAUGAAUGUAAUAAUGGAACAGUUUUAAAACGAAUUUUAAAUUCAAUUCAUUUAGAAGAACAUUUUUCUGGUACUUUUGAUUCAUUAAUUGAAUCGAAUGCAUCAUUUUCUAAUCAAUCAAUAAAUCAAUGUUAUUUUAAUCAAGAUUCAACACAUGCAUGUUCACCAAUAGAUUAUUUAAAUUGUCGACGAUGUCAAAUUUCAAUGAGUAUUUUUCCAUUAUUAACAAAUGAAAUCUGCGCAACAUGUCCAAGAAUAACUUCAGAAUUUAAUUCAAUAGAACGCGAUGCGAUUUUUAUAAUUAAUAAUCGAUCACAAAUAAUAGAUCGGAUACAAUUAACAUGUCAAAAAGGAAAACAUUGCAAUUCUAUUGAAAAUAUUUAUCAAAUUCGACUACUAAGUUUUAUUCAGUUUGAUUUUGAUCAAUUUUUUCUUUUAUCAUCAUCAACUCACAUUGAUUUUUCAAUAUUACUUCAAAUCUUUCUAUUCCUUAUCACAUUUAUUUUAAUAAAAUAA